CUCACAUAAUAUAUAUGUGUAUAUAUAAUCAUAUUAUUAUUAGUAUUUUCUUACAUUACAUAAAUAGUGCAUAUACCAUAUAGCUUAUGCUAUAGUGCUAUACCAUUAUACCAACUAAUUUCACUUGCAAUGGACACUACAAUUGUUAUUGCUACUGCUGCUGAAGCUAAUAAGGUUCAACAUGUCACCAAGAAAUCUUCUGAUGAGCUUCUGAGGAAGUUCGCCGAAGCGGGUUCCGACGAGGCCGCCGGGGAAAACAAACGGAGGAAGAAGAAGAAGAGGGAAAGUGAAUUGUGUGAGUGUGACAGCCCCUCUUCCAAUGGUGGCGCCGCCAUGGUGGAAAGGAGGUCCCUUCUGCUGCCAAAAGUGACGCGGAGGUCGGUGUUGCUCCGGCAGCUGAGGGUGAGGGAUGUUAGAAACAAGUCAUCACUCUUUGGAACCAUUCAUAAGACAUGGCGUAGAACCGUGGAAGGUGCCUCCAGAGUUUUCUUGGAAAAACAUUAUCAUCGCCAUAAGCGUUUGAUCAAUGAUAUUGUUUAGGCUCUGAUGAAAAAUCUACUACAAGUAUAUGAGCUAAUUCCUGGUCAGAAGGAAAAUGCAAAAGCUCUCACUCUAUAUGUAUAUUGCCCCAUUAAAUUAAUUCAAUUAUUGAUGCUAUGCACUUUUUUUUACUGUUUGUUUAUUCUUUCGCCUUCAACUAAUAAAAUUUAUUCGUUCAUUCACUCUCCA